UUUGUCCCUCAAGUUAAGCCUAAAUGCCAGUUGAAAAAUGUAUUUAUAAAGGGAUUUAGAAAAACCUUUUUCUUUUAAAUUUAGUAGACAGAGUGGGGUAUCUCUUGUUUUGGCUGGUAUAGUUACCGGCUAAACAAUUGGCUUAAACCUUGUUUGGGAUUCCUGCUUGUUUUAGCAUGGCGGAGCUUGGAGUUCACAGAACUCUCCUUUUGGUAAUUUCUCUGACAAAGUGUCUUGAGGGCACAAAACUGCUGGCAGAUUUAAAAAAAUGUGGUGACUUGGAAUGUGAAACUUUAAUAAGCAGAGUCUUAGCCAUGAGAGAUUACAGAGGACCUGACUGCCGAUACCUGAACUUCACUAAGGGAGAAGAGAUAUCUGUUUAUGUUAAACUUGCAGGAGAAAGGGAAGAUUUGUGGGCAGGAAGUAAAGGAAAGGACUUUGGAUAUUUUCCCAGAGAUGCAGUACAGAUUGAAGAGGUGUUCAUAUCUGAGGAAGUUGAGAUAUCAACUAAAGAAUCUGAUUUUCUUUGUCUUCUUGGAGUAAGUUACACAUUUGAAAAUGAAGACAGUGAAUUAAACAGUGAUGAUGACAAAAAUAUAUAUCUAUAUGAAGAAGAUAAAGACCAAAAGUCUAGUGUGUAUGAAAGUGAUUUUCAGACAGAAUCUGGAUUUUAUUCAGCUUCUGAAAGUACUUUGUUUGAAGAUCAGUUUCCAUCAUCAGAAGCUCCUGAAGAUAUCAGAAGUACUAGUGAAUCAAAAGACUGGGAAGAAGUGGACACUGGAAGUAUGAAAGAGGAUUCUCUUCCAGAAGUGGAUCACAUCCCACCAUCCUCAGCUGAAGUAAAAGGAUGGUUUGGAUUUGGAAGGGAACUAGCUGAAGGAAAGACUAUUGAAUCAGUUAUUGAACCUCUACAAGAAAGUUCAUUUCAAAGUAGAAAAAUAGCAGGAGAAGAUGAGAAUGACCUAGAGGAAUUAAAUAAUGAUGAACCCCCAACAGAACAAAAGCAAGAACCUGAAUUGGAAUUUGAUUUAGUGCCAAAGAAACAGUCUGAACUAGGUUCUGAGUCAGAGAACAUUAACAGUCCUGAAGCCACUAGUUGGUUUGGGGGUGGUUUUCAAAGUUAUUUAGGUUUUGGAGGUGAGGAUACAGGGCUUGAAUUAUUGUCAAAAGGAAGCAAUCCACCACUACAAGAUGUUCCUAAUUCCAUAUCAUCUGAAGAAGAACCCACAGUUCCAUGCACAGAAAUAUUAACAGAAAAAGAAGACGCAAUUGCCAAUGAUACCUCAAUUCUCAAGCCAAGUUGGUUUGAUUUUGGUUUUGGUAUGUUAGGCUUUGUAUAUACCAAUGAAGAUAAAAUUAUAUCAGAUGAUGGAAAAAGUGAAGAAGGAUAUGGAGGAGAUAAACAUGAACAACUGCCAACAAGCAAAUUUGACCCUGAUAAAGAACAAGAAAUAGAAACAAGAGAAAUUAUGGAAACUGAAGAUCAAGUAAGCAAGGAAAGAGCCCCAGAGAAAACAGAUGAUUCUGAUACCUUACCAUAUUUUAAAAAGUUCUUAUAUAAUUUGGACAGUCCUUGGAACUUCCAGGACAUUCCAAAGGAAACAGAAUUGCCAUUUUCUGAACAGAUACAGGAUGAAGAUAAUGUAAUUGAAAAUGAUGAAACAGAACAAUUUUCAGCUGAAAAUUAUCACACAGAUAAUAUGAAAGUUAUGAUGCUAAAAAGCAUAUCCAGUCAGUCAGAUAUGGCUUCUGAAUUAGAAUCACCCAGGAGAAUUCAUAAGGAAGUACUUUUCAAAACUCCAUCUUCUAAAAAUAAUGAUGAAAAAUCAAAAACAUUACUAGGUACUGAAGGAUAUACUCAGGCAGAAAUAGACAGAUCUGUGGAAAAUAACCUGCCAAACAGUCAAAUGGUUUCAACUGAUUACUUUUUGUCUUCUCAAGAAGAAGAUGCUUCUGAGUGUUGGAUUCUGAAAUAUUUAUUUCAAAUUGACAUUUGUGAUUUUAUGAGUUCUGCAUUUUCACCAAUUAUAAUUCUUACAGAAAGGGUUUUGGUAGGAGUGCCUGAAGAUAUGAGACCAAAUUCCUAUGGUUUUCCAUGGGAAUUGGUGAUAUGUGCAGGUGUUUUUGGAUUUUUUGCUGUUCUCUUGUUUUUGUGGAGGAGUUUUCGGUCGGUUAGAAGCCGGCUUUAUGUGGGAAGAGAGAAUAAGCUUGCUGUAGAACUUUCUACACUAAUUGAUGAAAAAUGUAAACUACUUGAAAAACUUAGUCUUGUUCAAAAAGAGUAUGAAGGCUUAGAAUCGUCUUUAAAGGAUGCCAGUUUUGAGAAGGAGUCAACAGAAGCACAAAGUUUGGAGACAGUCUGUGAAACUCUGAACAAGACUAAAUCUGAACUUGAGGAUGAAAUACUUGUUCUGGAAAACCAAUUAGAAGAAGAGAAAUCUCUACAUUCUGAACAAGAUGAAUUGAUGGUGGAUAUUUCAAAAACGAUACAGUCUCUAGAAGAUGAAUCAGAUUCUCUUAAAUCACAAGUGGCUGAAGCCAAAACAACCUUCAGAGUAUUUCAAAUGAAUGAAGAACGACUUAAGAUAGCUCUAAAAGAUGCUUUGAGUGAAAAUUCCCAACUUGAGGAAAGCCAGAAACAGCUUUUACAAGAAGCUGAAGAAUUGAAAGAACAAGUGAAUGAACUUAAUAAACAGAAAAUAGCAUUUGAAGACUUCAGUGUAGAUGCAGAACAAGUUCUGUGUGAUAAAGAAAAUCAGAUUAAGUCGCUGACUGAGCGCCUGAUAAAGAUGAAAGAUUGGACUGCUGUGCUGGGAGAAGACAUAGCAAAUGAUGAUAACUUGGACUUGGAAAUGAAUGAAUCAGAAAAUGAUAAUCAACCAAAAGGAGCUUUGAAGACGUUGGUUCAUGCCGCUAAGUUAAAGACUUCUUUAAAAACACUAGAAGGAGAAAGAAACCAAAUUUACAUUCAAUUAUCUGAAGUAGAUAAGACAAAAGAAGAGCUUACAGAAUAUCUUGAAAGUCUCCAGACUGAGCAAGCAUCUUUACAGUCAGAAAAUAUACAAUUUGAAAGUGAGAAUCAAAAGCUUCAGCAGAAGCUUAAAGUGAUGACCGAAUUAUAUCAAGAAAAUGAAAUGACACUUCACAGGAAAUUAACAGUAGAGGAAAAUUACAGAUUGGAGAAAGAGGGGAAACUUUCCAAAGCAGAUGAAAAGAUAAGUCAUGCAUUUGAGGAGCUGGAGACAUACAGAAAGCGAGCCAAAGAUCUUGAGGAAGAAUUGGAGAGAACCGUUCAUUCUUAUCAAGGGCAGAUUAUUUCCUAUGAGAAAAAAGCACAUGAUAAUUGGUUGGCAGCUCGGAAUGCUGAAAGAGCUCUUAAUGAAUUGAGGAAGGAAAAUGCUUACAAUAGACAAAAAUUAACUGAAACAGAGUUUAAAUUUGAACUUUUAGAAAAAGAUCCUUAUGCACUUGAUGUUCCAAAUACAGCAUUUGGCAGAGAGCAUUCCCCAUAUGGUCCCUCACCAUUGGGUCGACCUUCAUCUGAAACGAGAGCUUUUCUCUCCCCUCCAACUUUGUUGGAGGGUCCACUCAGACUCUCACCUUUGCUUCCAGGGGGAGGAGGAAGAGGCAUAAGAGGCCCAGGGAACCCUCUGGACCAUCAGAAUACCAAUGAAAGAGGAGACUCAAACUGUGAUAGAUUAACUGAUGCUCGCAGAGCACCUUCAGACACUGGAUCACUUUCACCUCCGUGGGAGCAGGAUCGUAGGAUGAUGAUCCCACCAUCAGGCCAACCAUAUCCUGAUCCAGCUAUUCCUCCACAAAGGCAAGACAGAUUUUAUUCUAAUUCUGGCAGACUCUCUGGGCCAGCAGAACUCAGAAGUAUUAAUAUGCCGUCUUCGGAUAAAGUGGAUGGACCAAUCUCUUCAGAAAUGGAAUCCACUAGAAAUGAUAACAAAGACGACCUUGGUAAUUUAAAUGUGCCUGAUUCAUCUCUCCCCGCCGAAAGUGAAGCAGCGGGCCCUGGCUUUGUUCCUCCACCUCUUGCUCCAUUCAGGGCUCCAUUAUUUCCAGUGGAUGCAAGGGGUCCGUUCAUGAGAAGAGGUCCUCCUUUUCCUCCACCUCCUCCAGGAAGCAUGUAUGGAGCUCCUCGAGAUUAUUUCCCACCAAGGGAUUUUGCUGGCCCACCGCCACCGCCAUUUGCAAUGAGAAAUGUCUAUCCACCGAGAGCUUUUCCUCCUUUUCUUCCCCCAAGAGCUGGAUUUUUUCCCCCACCCCCACAUGCUGAAAAUAGAAGUGAGUUCCCAUCAGGGUUGACUCCACCUUCAAAUGAGCCUACUACUGAACAUCCAGCACCACAGCAAGAAACUUAACAUGUUUUUGAUCUCUCUUCAAAAGUAAUUUUGACUUCUCUCUUAUUUUCAGUUUAAGUAACGGCUGUUACUUAACCUAUUAUACUUUUGCUCACAUAAGAGCUUAAUGGAAUUAAAACUCUCAGGAUAGUAUUUUGUAAAUAAAGAUGAUUUAAAUAUGAAUCUUA